ACCCCGGCAGGGAUGAGCUGCACCCCGGCAGCAGCCCCGCACACGGCGCCCAUCGCCUCCAGGCCCCGGACGUCCUUCCUCAUCCAAGACAUCCUCUGGGAUGGGGAGGAACAGGGAGCGCAGCCGGAGAGGGGCAAGAGCAGAGGAUUGGGCAGCCAGGACCGGGAGCCAGGGACAGCGGCAGUGGAGGGGAGCAAGGGCAGCUCUGCCCCAGGGCACCCCGCCGGGAGCCCUUAUCCCACAGGAGCAUCCCAAGCCCGAGGGACACCCCAAGAGGCAGCCCAAGACAGCCCAGCGGAGCCCUACCCGUCAGCCUGUGCCCCCCCACUGCAGCCCAUGGCCCCGUGUCCCCCCAAGCAGGCGAAGCGCUCGCGGGCAGCCUUUUCCCACAGCCAAGUCCUCGAACUGGAGAAGGAAUUCAGGCACCAGCGGUACCUGUCUGCCCCCGAGCGAGCCCGCCUGGCCCGGGCCCUGCAGCUCACCGAGACCCAGGUGAAGAUCUGGUUCCAGAACAGGAGGUACAAAACCAAGCGGAAAGAGGUGGCCUCCGGCAUCCCCAGGCUGGGCACGCCGAAAGCCACCGAGCUCCAUGGAGCAUCCCUGCUGGCGCUGCGGGGCGGAUGGCACCCCCUGCCCUGCCUCUACUACCUGAGCGCCUGGAGCCCUGGCUGGUAGCAGCUGCUUGUGAGCAGAAAGCAGCCUUUCGUCCUCUGUGGGUGGGGGUUUUAAUCCUGCCUUGCUUUUUCUAGUGUUAAUCGAGACCCUGCGCACAGCAAUGAUCAGCAUCUAGGUGCCGCACAAGCCUCUCUUGUUGCUAACAGAAAAGAACCCAAACAGAGCCCCCAGAUCCCCCCUCAAGCUUUUAAUUCAGCUCAUUUGAUAGCGCUGUUACGAGGUGGAACUGCAGCUGUAAAACACUGAAGGCUUUUCGGGGGGGGGGGGGAGAAAGGGAUGGCAUCUCUGCCAUUGAUAGCAUCACGGUUCAUGGUCCCAGAAGGGACUUAGACCCCCCCUAAUACUCCCACAUGCUGUCAGGCAGCACCACAGGUAACGCAGGUGGCUUUUGGGGUGAACUAAACCCCUUUCCGCUAUGAGGGACAGGAGCCUGAAGUGCCGAUGGCCCCAGCUCACCCCAACCAACCCCAUCCCUCUGCCCCUGGAUGCUGAGAUGCCAACUGCUGCUGCCGGUGCCUUGAGAAGCCAAACCAGCCCCUCGGGAACGCGGACAAUAGCGCAGUGACAGAUGAGCUUUGCAUAUCCGGGUGUUGCUGCUGUUUGAACAUUCCCAUAUGAGCUGUUUAGAAUAGCAACGGCUCCAAGAGCUCGACGCUCCCAUCAGCUUCCAAAGCAGCAAACUCCCUGUUUGCCACUGAAAUCAGCCUGAACCCCACAUCAGGACAUGGGGACAAGAAGAGGAUGAGACCUUUACAAGUGGUUUCUUAGUGAGACAAUCAUUUGCACUGGUAGAAGAGCAAAGACUGGGGUUUUUUUGCACCUAAUCAUACUUAAAACUUGAGAUGUCACUAAAUCCAUGGGAGAAAGUGUAAAAAUAAAUGAGGUUUCCAAGAGAAGGAACACAGCAACUGCUUUUUCUCACUCGUGUCGCUCAGCAAAGCUCUGCUGGAACACGUAGAAUACCCUGGGAUAAAACAGAAGUAGAGGUUUCUUCCCUGUGGAGCACCAGAAAAGUGCCUGUGGUGCCUGCUCUGACAGAGAAUUCAGAAUCACCUUGGUCCAACCCCCUCCUGCAGCAGGGAAAUAGGGAAUUAAACCAGAACCCGCUUAGAUCUGUCCCUUUAAAGCAGAUUAUUUGGAAGCUGAGCUUUUGCCUUGCCAAUCGACUCGAAUGGUGCAAGCUCGCAAAGAUGAAGCUGCUGGGGGAUGCGGACGAGGGAGGAUGGGGAGUGCAGAACGUGCGAACUGAAGCCCUUUGCAGUAGAUACUCAUGUGCUCUCGCUAUCAAAGCCCUUGCUGGCUUUGGAGGACAACCAGUUGCUUUCUAAUAGCCUGAAAGAAACCCUUAAUAUCUGGAGAUAUCAUUUCCCUUCCAGCUCCUGCUCUCCGAUGCUGCGUGGCCCUGGUGCUCGAGGCAGACGUCUCCCCUGCACUGUUGCAAUGUGUUUCAAACCCAGCCCUGCUGCUUAUCCACUUUGCACUUUGCUUAUCCACUGCUUGGAACAAUAAAAUAAAGCCCUUCUGGCCUCAAAGCCAAGCCCCAGCAGGGCACGGAUUCCUCUCCAGGGGGAAAAGGCCCUGCCAAACCUCAGGAUGCUGCUUAAAUCAAUGCAGAGACACUGAACGUGCACCAAAUGCACUGGAUUAGCAGCUCUGAGCAUCACGGAGCUGCCCCUGAAUAGGGGUCCCGGCGCAUCCUUUGCACAGAAGAGCAGCAGGGAUGGGCACAUAACAUUGGGAAGGACUGAAUUGGGCUGGGAAGAUCAGAUCUAAACUGAAAAUUAGCUCUAAACUGAACAUCUUGCCUGCUUCUUUGGGAAGAUGGGGUGUAGCUGCUUCUUUUCUCCCCACUGAUGGUUUGUAACUAAUAAAUGCCCUUCCUGCUGCUUCGACACCCAGCUGCUCAUGGGUAACCCCUGGCACAAAGCAAGGCCAGUGCAAAUAGUUGCUAUUUUUGUACCUGUUUUUUGAUACUAUUUCAUCUGAUUUGUGUUGUCCUUUGGAAUAAAGAGCUCGGAGUCUUUACUAAAAA